AUGUCGACACAUCGAUGGAACGUCCGUAUGGCACUCGGUGCGCUCUACGUCUGCCUUCUCGGUCUUUUAUCCCAUGCCUCUGCACAGACUAUUCUUUGCUCCGAGAUUAAUACUUCGAGCAUGAGCAAGAAUACCACCCAAUUCCAAUCGCAUGGAGCGUGUUCUCUGUUCUGCCAAGGAGUUCAACAUCCAGAUAUCAAUAGCAUCUCAUACGCCUUCGCAAUCCUCCAGAAUGAUGGGUGCUGGUGCUCGAACUACUUUCCCACCGGCGGCAACCUGACGCAAGGCUGCUCAACUCCGUGUCCUGGAUGGCCAUUUGAAUACUGUGGGGCUGGGAAUGGACAUUUCACUUACGAAGAAUUGUCUACAACUCCCUCAGGUACUGCAGGUGCCGGUGGUCCAGAUGGCUCUGCAGCUUCUUCGACAACUGCUGCUCCGGUAACAUCUACUGCCACUCCGAGCCCUUCUUCUAGCGAUGAUUCUUCUACUUCUUCCUCUUCGUCCGAGACUUCAUUAUCUUCUACCAACAAACAAGCUUCCACAUCCGAGACGGCUACACCCAUCAUUUCUGUCUUCACAACCAUUGGUCAAGUCCAUACGAUCACCAUUACACCGACAGCAUCUGCAAAUUCGCAAACUGGGACAAGUCAGAAGAGCACUAGCGGUAAAUUGGGCACGGGAGGUGCAGUGGGUCUGACUAUUGGUCUGGUGGCCCUAAUUGCCACUGUCACCGCCCUCCUUUGGUUCUAUUUCAGGAGGAAGCGCAAGCAGGAAGCUGAAGAAUUCAACAACGCCAGCAGGAGAGGAAGCACUGCGGGUCUUGGAGGUCCAAUUCCCUCGAGGACCAUGAGCGAGAACUCGCGUUAUGUUCUUGGUACCGACGGCAGACAAGUGGUAGAAACAUGGGAGCCAGGAGACGCUCCUGGCUCGAGAAGAAGCAGAUUGAUGCCUGUCGAUCCACGACUAGAUCCAUUUGCACCGGUCUAUCAACGUAAUGGAGACAACAAGAGUCGAGAGAGUAUGAACACAAUCCGCGACGAUCACGAUUACUCGAGACGAGUCGUUCAUCAAGGACCGAUCCUUCGAGCAACCAACCCUGAUCACGCUGAAGACUGA